AUGUCGCCCUUGCUAGUGGUAAUAUUACUAGUUAUCAUAGGAUACAAGCUUUAUCAAUCCAUUGGUACUGUACCACCAAACACACCACCGUGUCUUCCGCGACUACCUGUUGUCGGAUCUUAUUGGCAUCUACUAUGGGGUAAUUACCAAUAUCCUCACGUCACCGUUCGCUAUUAUGUAGACAAGUUACACUCCAAAGUUGUGGCCUGUUAUUUUGGUCCCAUAUAUGCCGUUAUCGCGAACGAUUACCAAAAUAUCAAAGAAGUGUUCCAGAAGGAUGAUUUUGAUGGGAGACCUAGCGACCUCCACAUUGCAAAGGCAAGGGCUUUCGGAAAGAAAUUGGGAAUCUUCUUCAUCGAGGAACUGUUUUGGAAAGAACAAAGGAGGUUCGCCCUUCGACACAUGAGGGAUUUCGGAUUCGGUAGAAGGCAUGUUAAAUACGAGGAACACAUGAUGGAAGAAGUUACUUUGCUUAUCGAUAUGUUGAAAAACGGUCCAAUUAACGACGAAGAAAAGAUAUAUUUGAAAAAGGGCUACGCACUUUUCCCAGAUGUUCUGUACCCAUAUUCCGGAAACAGUAUAUGGGAUAUAAUGUUCGGUAGCAGAUUUGAUCGUACAGAACACAGUAAGCUGAGAUAUUUUUGCCAAUCUGCUAUGUUGUUCCAAAGGUCCGCCGAUACCACAGGCGGCAUAAUUUUCCAAAGGGAAAUUUACAAGCACUUUGGAAAUUUAUUCGGUUAUACGAACAUUAUGAAAGGAAACUACCGUAUGGUAGACUUCAUCAAGGAAUAUUUGGGCAAACACGAAAACUCGGAUUGUCAGGAUAACGAUAAGGGAAUGAUAGAUAGAUACAUUAGAGAAAUGAAGAAACAGAGUACAACGUCUACUUUCUCGAAAAAGCAGCUGAUUAUGACUCUAGUGGACGUGAUGUUUCCAGCAUUGUCCGCGUUGCCAAGUACUCUUCUUCACGGUAUUAAAUUAGUCAUGCAUCAUCCGGAAGUAUUGAAGAAGUUGCAGGGGGAAAUAGACUCGGUGGUUGGGACCGGAAGAUACGUUACGUGGGAAGACAGAAACAAUUUACCGUACACAGAAGCAACGAUACGCGAGGUUCUCAGGUACGAAACGUUGACACCAUUUAGCGUCCUACACAAAGCAUUAAGGGAUAGUACUCUCGGCGGCUACAGUAUCCCACAGGGCACAAUAGUUGUCGCGAAUUUGGCAGGUAUGAACACCGAUCCCGAUUUGUGGGGCGACCCGCAAAAUUUCAGACCUGAAAGAUUCCUCGACGACGACGGCAAUUUGGGCAAGGAUCUGUCGUUUCCUUUUGGCUUAGGCCAUCGCGUGUGCGCGGGGGAGACUUUUGCAAGAUUCAAUCUGUUCGGAUCGUUUGCCGCGCUGAUGCAAAACUUCAACUUUUCGUUCGUGGAAGGUCAACCGACCGAGCUGAACGAUAAACUACCCGGUUUGAUUGUAUCGCCGAAAGAAACGUGGAUUCGAGUGGAGUCGCGUUGUUAA